UUUUCUCGUAUGAUGAUUCCAAUCAAACAACAGGGGAAACAGCUAAGACUAAACCGAUCUUAAGGGGACAAAACAGGGGAGUUGACUGUUGAAUUGUUGUGCAAAGAAUGAGAUAAAAAGCCUUGGUUAUUAGUCCACUAAUUUUAUUUUUUGCAUCUCAGUUUUCCAGAUGUUGUGACAGUUACUUACCACCUAGCACGGAAUAUGAGGACUUGUUUCGCGUCUUAAACGGCAAUGACCUGUCCUUUGAUUGGUCGGGUCCGAACCAUCUUCAUCCGUUUGUCUGAUGUACCUUUACAGGCCCCACUGUUCUUUUUAGGCGCCAACCAUUGCCGGCCCCUAUGAUUAUAAACUUGCCUAUGUUUGCCUCUCACUAUUGCUAUCAUCCUCCAGCCUUGUCUUUCUCUUAACCUCAAAGUUUGGCAAAGAGAGGAAUAGCUAGAAGUUAUGGCGGAUCCUGGAAAGAUGGAAGAAGGGCUAGCUCAUGAAGAAGGUGCUCCUGACCAAGAACGUAAAGAUAAGCGUGAUGGAAAGGUGGAGAAAGAGGAAGAUGGAGCAGCAGAUCGCAUUGGAAAUGAUAAAGAAGAGAGGGUUGCUACCACUCAAGUUGAACAACAAAACUUGGAGGAGCAACCACUAGUCAAGCAAAAGACCAAGAGGAUUGCCACCUUGGAUGCAUUUAGAGGGCUCACCGUCGUGCUGAUGAUAUUAGUAGAUGAUGCUGGGGGUGCAUAUCCGAGGAUUGAUCACUCACCAUGGAAUGGCUGCACGCUGGCUGACUUUGUGAUGCCAUUUUUUCUCUUCAUUGUCGGGGUGGCAAUAGCCCUAGCUCUCAAGAAAGUUCCAAAGAUCAAGGAUGCAAUUAAGAAGAUAAGCUUAAGAACCCUAAAGCUUCUAUUUUGGGGAGUUUUGUUGCAAGGUGGAUACUCCCAUGCGCCUGCUGAUCUUGCCUACGGAGUUGACAUGAAACAAAUCCGAUGGUGUGGCAUCCUCCAGAGAAUAGCAUUGGUUUACUUCAUUGUAGCCAUGAUAGAGACUCUGACUAGAAAGCGCAGACCAACAGUUUUGGAACCUGGACAUUUAUCAAUUUUUACUGCAUACCGCUGGCAAUGGAUUGGAGGAUUCGUUGCUUUUGUCAUUUACAUGAUCACAACAUAUUCACUAUACGUCCCAGAUUGGAGUUUUGUGGUAGACAAUGACGAUGAAGCAACGAGAUACACGGUCAAAUGUGGGAUGAGAGGACACCUAGGACCUGCUUGCAAUGCUGUUGGUUAUGUGGAUCGAGAGGUUUGGGGCAUUAAUCAUCUCUACUCAAGUCCUGUCUGGCAACGCCUAAAGGCUUGCACUCUUAGUUCUCCAGGUUCUGGUCCUUUCCGUGAAAAUGCCCCAAGCUGGUGCCGUGCUCCAUUUGAACCAGAAGGCUUACUAAGUUCAAUUUUGGCUAUCCUCUCCGGUACCAUUGGGAUCCAUUAUGGACAUGUUUUAAUUCAUUUCAAGGGUCACUUUGAGAGGCUCAAGCAAUGGGUCUCGAUGGCGUUGGGCUUACUUAUUGUAGCCAUUAUUCUUCAUUUUACAGACGCUAUUCCCAUCAACAAGCAGCUUUACAGUUUCAGCUAUGUGUGUUUCACAGCCGCUGCAGCAGGAAUUGUUUUCUCUGCAUUCUACGUCCUGAUUGAUGUAUGGGGAUUCAGGACACCAUUUUUGUUCCUGGAAUGGAUAGGAAUGAAUGCAAUGCUGGUAUAUGUGCUGGGUGCACAAGGCAUCCUUGCAGCAUUUGUAAAUGGAUGGUAUUAUGAGUCCAGCAACAACACCCUUGUCUAUUGGAUCCAAAAACAUGUCUUCAUAAAUGUUUGGCACUCGGAGAGGCUAGGGACCCUUCUGUACGUAAUAUUUGCAGAAAUUGCUUUCUACGGAGUCCUUUCAGGCAUCUUGCACAAAUUGGGUAUAUAUUGGAAGCUAUAAGAGUCAUAAUUGCUACAGAAUACACGAAGGACUAGAUAAUGUGUAAUACUUGAUUUACAAAUUGUACAUUAGAUUUUUAAACAUUUCUCUUUCUUUCUUUCUCCCUCUGUAAACCUUGCUUGCUUGUUCAAAUUUUCACCUGCUUUCUAAUAGUAGUUAAAUUUAGAAUUGUUUAAUUUGAA